AUGACCAUUGCAUGUGUGCCAGUUCGAAUUGUUCUGUGGGGCGUAGCUCGUGAGAUGGCCAAUAUAUCAGAAAAAUGUGUGGAUAUGCCGAAAACAUUGAGUUAUCAAAGUUUAAAAGAAUUAAUAUUUCGUGAGAUAUUAGCUGAAUUGUUGCCGCUAGAGAAGUGUUGUAUCUUGGCCUUAAAUUAUGAACACAUAUGGGAUCAUGAUACCGUGCUCAAUAUCAGAGCGAAUUCUGAAAUCGCCGUGAUACCACCAGUGAGUGGUGGAUAA